AUGGGUUAUUUUUGUGUUUUUUGUGAGUCUAUUUUAGUAUCAUUGAAGACUGUAAGUGAUCUUUUAAAACAUUUUCAUUAUCGCCAUGGUAUUACUUCAACACAAAAUUGUAAAAUUUCUUGUAGACAAGGUGGCUGUUGCAGAACAUAUGACAAUGUCCAUUCCCUUAAAAUUCAUUUAUAUAGAAAGCAUCCAAUUGACCCUCAUUUGGAAUAUAACGAUAUAAAUAUUUCUCCUAUAGAAAGCAAUGGUGAGCUAAUGGAUCAGCUAGGUAUUUAUACAGCAGCACAUAUUGAUAAAGAUAACAGAAAUACUAUUUUUUCAAGUGAAUUAAAUGGGGAAAAGAUAAAAGAAAUGAUUUUAGAUGUUUUAAUGACUCUAAGAUGUCGUAACACAAGUGAAGUUAUAAUUCAGUAUGUAGGUAAAAGUAUUCAAAAUAUUUUAUCCACAGUUAUUGAAAGUGUACAAAAAACAAUUCAAAAUGAUGAAACAGAUGCUGGCAGAGUAAGUGAUGUCCUAAAUGAUAUUGAAUGUGAGUGUGUAAAGUGUAGUUUAAUUACAUCUAGUUACCUGCAAAGAAAACACUUACAACAAAAAGGGAUGGUUGCACCUAUUAAAAUAACUGUUGGGUUCAGAUCUGAGAUGCUUCAUAAAGUUUAUAAAAAUAAUGUAAUGAGUUAUCGAAAUGAAACUAUGCAUGAUGCAGAACAAUAUAAGAAUCAUCCUUUAUACAAGAAACAUCCAAAUGCUCUUCAGCUUCAACUAUACUGUGAUGAUUUUGAAACAGUAAAUCCUUUAGGAUCAAAAACUAAAGUUCACAAAGUUUGUGCAGUUUAUUUGUCCAUCAAAAAUGUUAACAUAAAGAAAUGCUCUAAAUUGACUAACAUAUAUCCUGUAAUUUAUUGUUUUUCAGCUGAUGUUGCAAAGUAUGGAUAUGAAAAGCUUUUAAAGCCAUUAAUAAAGGACUUGGUAGCUCUAGAGAAGGGAGUUAAAUUGUAUAUAAAUGAAAAUUACAUUUGUAUAUAUGGUGCAGUAGUUAUGUGGUCUGGGGACAAUCUUGCAUUGCACCAAAUUUUUGGAUUUAGUUCAAACUUUAUUGCCAACAAGAGCUGUCAUUACUGCUAUACAACAAAAGAACAAAUGCAACACACUUUUUAUGAAGAAGAUCUAGUCUUAAGAACUAAAGAGCAUCACAUUGCAGAUUGUCAAGCACUUUUUAGUGAAGCUAAUAGUAAUAAAUUAUCUGGUGUAUAUAAACAAAAUCCAUUGUCAGAGCUUCAGUAUUUUUCUGUUCUUGAUAACAUUUGCCCAGAUUUAAUGCAUGACAUACUUGAGGGUUGCUUACACUUUAAUUUUGGCAUUGAUAAGAAAAAUAAGCCGUUGCAAAUAACAUGUGAAAAACUUGUUUCUAAAGACAAAAGGUUAGGUUUAAAUGCAACACAAAGUUGGUGUUUAGGAAGAUUUUUUUGUUUGUUGCUUGGUGAUGUUGUAGAUACUGAUAACCAGUACUUUCAUUUAAUUCAUUUAUUAUUGGAAAUAUGUGAAAUAACCUUUGCUCCAAAAGUGACUGUUCAUUUAAUAACUUAUUUAACAGAGGUCAUUAGCAUUCAUCACAAGUUGUUUACAAAAAUAUUUUCUGGACAUACUGUUAUUCUAAAACAACAUUUUCUUGUCCAUUAUCCUUCAAAAAUUUUACAACUAGGUCCUUCACCAAAUUAUUGGUGUAUGCGAUUUGAAGGAAAACAUGCUCCUGCAAAGGAGCAAUGUCACAUUUUGCACAACUUUAAAAAUGUUUUAAAAAGUAUUGCAUGGCGUCAGCAAAUACAAUUACAUCUUGAUUUGUCAAAUUUUGCAAGUAUACUCAGUGCAGAAGUAGGUCCUGGUAUUGAAAUUAUGCCAGCUUGCUUACCUUUGCCAGUGGCUGUUUUUGGUGAAAUUCCACUGUAUGAAGAAUGUUUUUGUGCAAAUUAUGUAAUCACAGAUGGUGUAAAGUACAUGCCAGACUUUAUUGUAGUUUUAGGGCUAACCAAACUUUGUCUCCCAUGUUUCGUAAAGAUUCUAUAUCUACUUGUCCAUGAAAACGAAUGCACACUUAUAGUUGAAAAUCUUUUUACCAUACACUAUGAUGCUCAUAUUGCUGGCUAUAAUGUAUGUAAGACAUCUAAAUAUACAGCUGUUAAAAUAGACAAUUUAUUUGAUUCUCGUGUACUGUCGUUGUCAACUGGCUUCAGAAAGUAUUCUGAUGAAAGUUUUGUUAUAACAAGACAUGAAUAUAUUAGCCUGGAUAUAAUAACAUAA